GUCCCAAAAGCCCCACCCUAAGUCACUCCCAGAAGUGAUCUGUAAACACGGCUCCAUUAUCGUCAAUGAUAUCCACUUGUAUUAAUGGAUGCUCCGCGACCACCUACAAGCCUGAGCUGUUAAAUCUAUGUACCAUUAUCAUUGCACCUGUCUCAUGAUUGGACGGGAAUCGACUGCAGUCAACUAGAAUUAACCCAUUGCAUUAAUCCAGCCGUUAUAUGCAUUUGCAUUUUCCUCGACCCAUGUGCAUCGAGUGAGGCGGGUGCUCAGAAGCUGAACGCAUGAUCAUAAGCGCGGAGCCGCCACUGGAUUUCGUGGUAAUGGGAAUUGAAUUGAGCAGUUGUUUAAAACCAGUGUCUGGUAACAUUCUUCUGUAAAGUCACACUGGACAGUUUUGUAGAAGUAUUGGUCAUUUGACAAGGAUGCAAUUUGGGUAUCAGCAGGUUUGAGUUGGUGAGCUUAACAGUGAUGGACGGGUCUAACGUCCACUGAGUUCCUCGGAUCUGAAAUGGCGCCAUUGGCAGAUUUCAUGAUGAUGUAAACAACAACUGCUAUGAACGUUUAAAACUGAACGCCAAAUCGCUCGACCGUUUAAACACGAAAGGUAAACAACGAUGGGAGUCCGGCUACCGCUACUGUGAUCGUUUCUCCACGCAACACGUUAUUGCUUCUCUUCAAUACAGUCGUUUGAAGAGCCGUUAUCGAAGUCGUUUUCAUUAGUGUUUCCGCCGAAAAGUAUCGAUGAGUUCCACACGUGGAUUGUAAUUUGAACAUCGCAUUAUUAUUGAGGAGACGUCAGGCCGUACAUUGGGCUGAUAUCUGACCGAACUUUUCACAGGCACAGAUGCAGCCGUUGACUGAUUGGAAAGUAUACAGUGACUGAUACGAACAACUGAUUAAAAGGAUCAUUAUACGCGCUGAUACUUUUUUGACGGUUGAAGUCGAUAACACUGUAAUGGAGGGCGACGAGCGUACGCCGGUGCCGCGGGUUCGCACCAUCUCAGCCCUGCUACGUUUCGGCCGUAACAUGGGACUGACGUACAUACCGACCAGUAACGGCAGUGCCGGAGAAGGGACCAAGAUGAACCAUCUUGGGAGGGGCCAGGGAAAGGACAAAGGGGACCGCACACCGGUCACGGAGGAAGAGACGAUUGGGGUGUGUUCCAUCGCCGAUAGCCCCUAUCGCAUUUUAAGGAUGGCAGCUCUUGGCAAGUACGAUGAGUUUGUGCGGGUCUACAACGCCGACCCUAAGAGGCUGGCGUUUCGAGACAAGCAAGGGGCCGGGGCGUUGCAUCACGCCGCCACCCGUAACAGAAUCAAUAUCAUGGAGUUUAUCCUGCAGCUAGACGAGGAUAUCAACAUGACCGAUGCUACAGGCAACACGCCGCUCCAUCUGGCCGUUGAGCACGAACACCCAGAGGCCAUCAACUUUCUCCUAGACCAUGGCGCCUGCAGCACACGAUUCAACAAUAACAACAUGGCGCCUAUCCACCUAGCUGCAGACCGCAAUAAAACAAAGGCUCUCGAGGCUUUGGUAAAGCGGCCAGACAUAGAUGUGAAUUACCAGGGGGAUCUUGGUCAAACUGCUCUUCAUUUUGGCGCCAUUAAAGACAACACCGAGGUCGCGAAGAUACUUCUCGGUACGCCAAACAUGAAUCCGUGUGUUAGAGAUAACAACGACGUACACGCCAUGCAUGCUGCAGCUACGCACGGUUCGGCUGGAGUCCUCGAUCUUCUGAUUUCAUUCUAUAGUGAAGGUAGCAUCAGUGAUAAGGCCUUAGCGUUCAUCGACAGAGAAGGGAACACAGCUCUUCAUAGCGCCGUCAAUAGCGGUGACUUUGCGGCCGUCAAAUUGUGCCUUAAGUACGGGGCUCGCAUCGAUGUGCGACAGGUUAUCAAAUGCAAGGGUGAACAGGCCACCCCACUCCACCUUGCCUGCACACAGGGCUCCCUCGAUAUCGUCAAACUCAUGCUGUCCACGCGGCAGAAGGACAAGGACACAGCCCUCAACGUUCCAGACUGCCAACAACAGUUGCCUCUCCACAGAGCUGCCAUGUUUGACCAUUCCGAAAUCGUCGAGUAUCUCCUGCAACAGGGCAGUUACAUCGAUGCCCAGGACAAGAACCAGCGGACGCCGCUACUCUUGGCCACUCAGCGAAGCAGCUGGCGGUCCGUCCUACUACUCCUUGAGAGAGGAGCCGACGUCACGGUGACCGACUGCGAAGGCAGGAACGUCUUGCACCUGAUUGUGUUGUACGGGGGAUCCUUGGAGAUGCUGGGCAGAGAAUUCUUUAAGAGGCCCGAAGCAGCAAUACUCCUGAACCAUGCGGACAGCUCUGGUUGCACCCCAAUGCACUACGCUACCAGAGAGGGCUGCAUUAAAGCUGUCCAGGGUCUGAUGGAGCUAGGAGCCACGGUCAACCUCAAGAACAAAGACAAGCAAUCACCACUACACUUUGCGGCAAGGUACGGAAGGUUCAACACCUGCAAGCAGCUUCUGGAUAGCAACAUCGGGCCGAACAUCAUUAAUGAGACAGAUAGUGAAGGGAUGACGGCCUUACAUAUCGCCUCCUGGUUCGGUCAUUAUAGAGUGGUCAAGCUGCUCAUGUUCAAGGGAGCUCUGCUUCACAAGGACCAUAACGGACGCUCACCAAUGCACCUGGCAGCGAUGGAAGACUACACAAACACGAUGGACGUGUUGCACGCUGUUCACAGUCACUUGAUUAACUGGAAAGACGACGACGAGAACACGGCUUUUCAUCUAGCAGCGGUAGAAGGCAAAGCCAACGCCGUCGUGUUCUUGCUCGACCACGGCGCUGAAGUCAAGAGGAACAAGAACAAUCAGACGGUCAUGGACGUCACCAUAGAGGCACAUAAUAAAGACGUAGCUUUGGCCAUCAUUGCCCAUGAAAGGUGGCAUGAGGUGAUGAUGCCUGACUCGAACACGAGGCCACACAUGUUAGGUCUCGUGGAACACAUGCCUGAAGUGGCGCUGACAGUGCUUGAUCGAAGCGAGAAUGCAGUUGAUCACGGUAGACUUCAAUGCAGAGGGUAUUCGUACGACUUCCGGUACCUUCAAUGCAGUUCGCAGUUGCAGCAGAAUUUUACCGAUGACAAGACGGCGUAUGUGCCUCUGCUGGUCCUAAACACAAUGGUAAAAUUCAACCGCAUAAAACUACUGUCACACCCCGUGUGCGUUAACUACUUGUCGUUAAAAUGGAAUGCUUACGGGCGAACCUACCACGUAUUAAACAUCUUUCUCUACCUGUUUUUCCUGGCGUUCCUAACUAUGUUCAUAUGGCACACCGUUCCCCUACAACACCUUAAAUCCAGCCACGCCAACGACUCGUGUGCGGUCCAGGAACAUUCAGCUGAACCUCAAGAGACGCCUGCACUGAUACACGAAGUAAGCAAGUGGAUCCUGGCUUGGUACGCAGGGCUCUGCAUCCUAAAAGAAGUAGCACAGAUGAUUCAUCAGAGGCAAAAAUAUUUCAAGGAGGCCAACAAUGUCAUCGAAUGGGUGUUGUACGUCUCCACAUUGCUCUAUGUCUGCCCGUUCUUUGUGGACAUCUACUUGUACGAAUUGUCCUGGCAGACGCCUUUCGGUGCAGUUGCUGCCUUUCUGGCCUGGUUCAACUUUCUGCUGUACUUGCAGAGAUUCGACAUAUUCGGUAUUUACGUGGUCAUGUUCCUGGAGAUUCUACGGACCCUUGUCCAGGUUCUCUUCGUCUUCUCCAUCCUAUUCAUCGCCUUUGGCCUCACCUUCUUCAUGCUACUUUCGCAAGAGGCAAACAAAGCCCACGCCACGCCCAUUAUGUCAUUGUUCCGUGUAUGCACAGCUCUGAUGCUGGGAGAGUUAGACUACAUCAACUCCUUCGUGGAGCCUGCCUCGGACUGUGAUUCCAACACCAUGCCUCAUCCAGAAAUUACCUUCAUCUUCCUCUUCACAUGCGUCUUGCUGCUCCCUGUUCUGCUGAUGAACUUGUUGAUCGGUUUGGCCGUAGGUGACAUCGCCGAGGUUCAGUACAAUGCGCGCAUGAAGCGCCUAGCCAUGCAGGUGGAGUUACACACGGACCUCGAGCACAAGCUACCCAAGCGAAUCUUGGAGUACGGAGAGAAGGAUCAUCUGAUAGUCAAACCUCACUGCAGGAAGAGAUUUCUGACAAGGAUUUGGUUGAAGAUCAUGGAGUCGGCUGGCAUGGAGGAGGGCAUGCCAAAAGAGCGACUCAGGACGGCUGCCGACGUGCACAUCAACGUGGUCCAUGGGGAAAUCAUGAAGCAGAAACGAAGGAUGAAGGAGAUCACAAGUCAGCUCGAUAAGCAGUAUAACCUGCUUCGCCUCAUCGUUCAGAAGAUGGAGAUUCGCUCAGAGGCAGAUGAUAUGGAUGAAGGAGAACACCCAUCCGGACGCAGGGGCAGCAGCACGAUGGCUCAGAUUGUCCGGCAAACCAUGUAUCGUAGUAGGUAUUCCAGUCGGACAUUCCGUCGCAAACUGUCGUCGAGACGUGAAGACGACGGGGAAGGCACAGGCGAACACGAUGGCUCCAACACAGCCUGA